AUGUCCUCUCCAGAUGAUGCUUUCCAAGACCUCGCCCGCAUCUUCGCUACCAGGAACAGUCGCAUUCUCGAGAUCGAGAUCCUUCCUCCGGCUCUAGGCCCUUUGCUACAAGAUGAUUGCUCAAUAGGUAUCAGCAAGAAAUACUUGGUGCAGGCUUUUGUGACGGCUCGAAGUAUCUUUUUCCAGGACACCAUCUGUAAAUUGGACCGUGGCUCUUCCACGGCAUCGAGAGAUGGAGACGCGACAACCACGGAGAGGAAGUCCGACGACCUCUCCAUCUGCUCCGAAAUUAUCCUUCUCUUCGACUGUGAACAUCUCACCGCGUGCAACUGGCGAAAGAAGCGCCUAGCCAGCCUUGUACAGCAGCAUGAGCUCGACCCCGACAACAAUGAUGCCCGGGAGACGCUGCUUCUAGCACUGGAUGCGGAGAUGUCGCUGCUGACAUCUUUCCUCUGCUCGCCACUGCACAGACACACCAAAUCACCGACGCUAUGGCAGCAUCGGUUAUGGGUCCUGGAUAAGAUGAUACAUUUACGCAGUAAGGGCUGGCUAGAUGGGAACCCGCAAAGAGUGGAGUUGACCGAUCCACGACCUCUCUGCGCUACUACUCUACAGAGUCUCCUUGAAGAUGAACUUGCUAUUGUGCUCCGCGCAGGGGAGUUACAUCCCAAGAACUACUAUGCGUUUAGUCAUAUGAGACAACUCCACGGUGUGUUGUCGGGGUAUAUGAAGGACUCUUCGAGUUCUUUCCGGCUGCUGGCUGAACCCAUCGUCAAAACAAUGUUGGGUUGGUGUCAGGCACAACCGACGGAUAUCUCUGGAUGGAUGUUUACUCUUUACGUUUUGGAAGCGGUCGAGGACCGGGGCGCCCAAGAAAGCGCGGUCAACCGGGUAUUUCGCUUUGCUGUGGACAUCGGCUGGGAGGGAGAGUCUCUGUGGACAUUUGUGGAUUUGGCUGUGAAGUCGUUCAAUCUUACAGGACCAACUAGCGGUUUUCGACCCUCUGGCCUGGGGAGCACUGCUACUGACAAAAUGGAACGAGGGCACGGCACGCCCGGACCGAAGAACUCCUGGAGGGCAUGGCUAACCGUUGCACAAGAAUACCGGGCCAGCCAAAGGUGA